GAGGCUGAGGCAGGAGGCUCUCUUGAGCCUAGUAGUUAGAGGCUACAGUGAGGUAUGAUCCUGCCACUACACUAUAACCUGGACAGUAGAGUGAGACCCUGUCUCAACAAACAAACAAACAAAUAAACAAACAAGCCAAAAAACCAAAAAAAAAAAAAAAACAGUUUCAUGAAUAUAGGGGGAAAAACUAUCAUUUUGACAAUUUUACUGUCUGAAAAUGGGGGUAUCUAGUAUGAUCUAAUAUGAAGUUAUUGGUAGGAUUAAAAGAAAUGCAUAUGUGGAAAGCAUAUAUGCUUUAAGAAAAUAGGGCUAUAUAAAAACUGUUUCAUAAAUAGUUCCAUAUCAAACAGUAAAACUGAUACCAGUUUGAUUGCCUAAAAAAUUCACUUUAUGAGACUAUUCUCUGAGAAAAUCAUUAUUAUAGUAGAUGCAAGAGCAAUCAAUUCUUAAAUGCAAUUUUAUUAUUAGUUAUUUAAUAGCAUUUUUUAAAAGCCCCAAAUAAUAGAUUGUUGCUUUAAUUUGUGUAUUGCAACCAAGCCUACAUUUUAGACAUUCCAGUGAUGUAUAUAUAUAUAUUUAGAAGUUUUGGCUCUUAAAGGGAGUAUUUGGUGGUGGAUUUGUGCUUGGGGAAUAAGGUUACUUUUUUAAAUCAGCAAAAUGGCAAAGUUUAAACGGUUUGUAACUUAGGGAAUCUGGUCAGGGCGAACAUCCCAUCUGAUUGAGUGAGCUUUUUAAACUUUCUUCAUUCUUAAUUCCUUUUUCCUUCUCCCUUUCUGCCCCUAAAUCCUCUUGUAGCUGAAUGAGAUUACUUUUGGCUGAAACUGUUCAGUAAGUGUAGAUGUUAUGUAGGCUUUUCAAUACCUCACAUAAUAAUGGCUGUAGAAAUCUGAUUGCUUAAUAAAAGGUCUGGGUUAGGUGACUUUGAGAAGGUUAGUAAUCUCUUUGACCCUGUACUUCUACAUUUGUGUAAUAAAAUGUAGUAUUAACAAAUCAUGUGUUUGGAAAUAGUAAAAGCUCACAAAAUUUUUUUUACGUCUUUUAAUAAGAGUCGGUAAUUGGAAACAAUGUUGAUUUCUUCUGCCAGCCAAAUUUAAAGAUUCUGAAUUGCUCCAUGAAAAAGUAUUGUAAGGAAUGGCCUCAGAGCAAGAGUGUUUGCUCACAAACCCUUCUCAGUAUGUGCACAGUAAUGGUAAUUCUCUAUGUAGAGUUGGAACUAAACCAACAGGGGGUACAAACCACUCGUCACCACAAGCAUAGCAUAGGAAAGAAAAACUGCCACAUUAAAUAUUACUCCAAUAUUCUGUUUUCUUCCCAGAGGACUUCAGAUUAGAAAUUUGAGCCUUCCCUUUCUUGAGUAAAGUUUGUAAACUUUAUCUUUUUUCUUAUCCAAAUUCGUCAAAGGGAAAUUAUAAAAGCCACAAACUGAAUUUAGGAGGCACUGAUUGAUGGGGAAGGAUAAAAAUAUCUAAUUAUGUGUAGUACUUAUAGCUCAGUGAUAUCCAUGUAGGCGAUAUGAUAGACGACACUCUUUAUAUUUUUUGUAGAAAAGAUUCCAUAACAGGAGAAGCAAUUUGGAACAAUAAUAGGGCCAAUGGCGGAAGUAGAGUUAUUUUCAGACUUAGGGGUAAAACCCUAGAAAAUGACCUUGAGAGAAUAGCGCAGACUUGUGGUUGGAUGGGGAGGGAAGUUGAAGCAGGAUGGUUGUAAUAUUCUGGUCCUCCUUCUAUCUCCCUUUUCCACACUUUUGUUUGCAUUAGAAAUAUUGUCUCUAUUCACUUUCCCGUGUGCUUUACCCCUAGGAGUCGCUCAGUCACAACUGACAAGCCAUGUAUUGUUUUGCUCCAGUAGCGUCAUUGAGAUCUCACAAACUCAGUGAAAAUCCAGUCUGAGAGGGCAGCUGAGAAAUGAGAGUCAUCUUCUGUACUGUCACCUCCUCCUGCAGUUGAUAAGUCCUAGCAGAGACCAGCUGCCAGCUGUGUUUCUGAGUCCCAUGGAAAUUGCCACAGCCACCCCAGCAUCCAUCCACUACCACCUUGAUCAGUCAACAUCAGCAACAUGGGGGUAAGACCCUCUACCAACUAGCAGAAAUAUUAAGACUUGCUGAAGGCUCAGUUUCACCGGAUGUAGGGCACAGUCUGUGUGGCAAUUUUGAAUGUUGGAACAGGGAAGAGAAUCGUAAGAGUUCCUCUUCAAUUGCUAUUUUUAAUCAUUAUAGAGAAGAACACUGAACUUUGAAAAAAUGUUGGAAACCAUUGACAAAAAUCGGGCCCUGCAGGCAGCAGAGCGCUUGCAAACCAAGCUGCGUGAACGUGGAGACGUAGCAAAUGAAGACAAACUGAGCCUUCUCAAGUCAGUCCUGCAGAGCCCUCUCUUCAGUCAAAUUCUGAACCUUCAGACAUCCGUACAGCAGCUGAAAGACCAGGUAAACAUUGCAACUUCAACAACUUCAAAUAUUGAAUAUGCUCACAUUCCUCAUCUCAGCCCAGCUGUAAUUCCUACUCUGCAAAAUGAAUCAUUUUUGUUAUCAUCAAAUAAUGGGAAUCUGGAAGCACUUACAGGACCUGGUACUCCCCACAUCAAUGGGAAAUCUGCUUGUGAUGAAUUUGAUCAGCUGAUCAAAAAUAUGGCUCAGGGUCGCCAUGUAGAAGUUUUUGAGCUCCUCAAACCUCCAUGUGGAGGCCUUGGGUUUAGUGUUGUGGGACUAAGGAGUGAAAACAGGGGAGAGCUCGGAAUAUUUGUACAGGAGAUACAAGAGGGCAGUGUGGCUCACAGAGAUGGAAGAUUAAAGGAAACUGAUCAGAUCCUUGCUAUCAAUGGACAGGCACUUGAUCAGACAAUUACACAUCAACAGGCUAUCAGCAUCCUGCAGAAAGCCAAAGACACUGUCCAGCUCAUUAUUGCCAGAGGCUCAUUGCCUCAGCUCAUCAGCCCCAUAGUUUCUCGUUCUCCAUCUGCAGCCAGCACAAUUUCAGCUCACUCUAAUCCGCUUCACUGGCAGCAUGUGGAAACUAUUGAAUUGGUGAAUGAUGGAUCUGGUCUGGGAUUUGGCAUCAUAGGGGGAAAAACAACUGGUGUGAUAGUAAAAACCAUUCUGCCUGGAGGAGUAGCUGAUCAGCAUGGGCGAUUAUGCAGUGGAGACCACAUUCUAAAGAUUGGUGACACAGAUCUGGCAGGAAUGAGCAGUGAGCAAGUAGCACAGGUCCUUAGGCAAUGUGGAAAUAGAGUUAAAUUGAUGAUUGCAAGAGGUGCCAUAGAAGAACAUACGACACCCACCUCUUUGGGCAUUACUCUCUCCUCAUCCCCAUCUUCCAUGCCGGAGACACGGGUUGAUGCUUCUACUCAGAAAAGUGAAGAAAAUGAGACAUUUGAUGUGGAACUCACUAAAAAUGUCCAAGGAUUAGGAAUUACCAUUGCUGGUUACAUUGGAGAUAAAAAAUUAGAACCUUCAGGAAUCUUUGUAAAGAGCAUUACAAAAAGCAGUGCUGUUGAACAUGAUGGAAGAAUUCAAAUUGGAGACCAAAUUAUAGCAGUAGAUGGCACAAACCUUCAGGGCUUUACUAAUCAGCAGGCAGUAGAGGUACUGCGACACACAGGACAAACAGUGCACCUGACACUCCUGAGGAGAGGAAUAAAGAAGGAAGCUGAGAUCAAGUCAAGAGAAGAUGUCAUGAAAGAUGCAGAUCUGUCUCCUAUUAAUGCCAUCAUAAGCAAAGAAAAUUAUGAAAAAGAUGAAGAUUCUUUAUCUUUGAGGAGAAAUGCCAACAUAUUACCAAUUGAGGAAGGGUGUCCAUCACUACCAGCCAAGAUAGAAGCAAUAGAAGAUGCACAACAAGAAGCUGUCCUGCUGACAAAGUGGCAAAGGAUUAUGGGAAUUAACUAUGAAAUAGUGGUGGCCCACGUGAGCAAGUUUAGUGAGAACAGUGGGUUGGGGAUAAGUCUGGAAGCAACAGUGGGACAUCACUUUAUCAGAUCUGUUCUACCAGAAGGUCCUGUUGGACACAGUGGGAAGCUUUUCAGUGGAGAUGAGCUAUUGGAAGUAAAUGGCAUAACUUUGCUUGGGGAAAACCACCAAGAUGUGGUGAAUAUCUUGAAAGAACUGCCUAUAGAAGUGACCAUGGUGUGCUGUCGUCGAACUGUGCCUCCCACCACCCAAUCAGAAUUGGAUAGCCUGGACUUAUGUGAUAUUGAGCUAACAGAAAAGCCUCAUGUAGAUCUAGGUGAGUUCAUUGGGUCCUCGGAGACAGAGGAUCCAGUGCUGGCAAUGACGGAUGUGGGUCAGAAUGCGGAGGAGGUUCAAGCACCUUUGGCCAUGUGGGAGGCUGGCAUUCAGCACAUAGAGCUGGAGAAAGGGAGCAAAGGACUUGGUUUUAGCAUUUUAGAUUAUCAGGAUCCAAUUGAUCCAGCAAGUACUGUGAUUGUAAUUCGUUCUUUGGUGCCUGGAGGCAUUGCUGAAAAGGAUGGACGACUUCUUCCUGGAGAUCGGCUCAUGUUUGUCAAUGAUGUUAACUUGGAAAACAGCAGUCUUGAGGAAGCUGUAGAAGCAUUGAAGGGAGCACCAUCCGGAACUGUGAGAAUAGGAGUUGCUAAGCCUUUACCUCUUUCACCAGAAGAAGGUUAUGUUUCUGCUAAGGAGGAUUCCUUUUUGUAUCCACCACACUCAUGCGAGGAGGAAGGGCUGGCUGACAAAGCUCUCUUCAGGGCUGACUUGGCUCUGGUGGACACAAAUGAUGGUGACUUAGUGGAUGAAUCCACAUUUGAGUCUCAAUAUUCUCCUGAUAAUGACAGUGUCUACUCCACUCAAGCAUCUAUUUUAUCUCUACAUGGCAGUGCUUGUGGUGAUGGCCUGAACUAUGGUUCCUCCUUUCCAUCCUCUCCUCCUAAGGAUGUCAUUGAAAAGUCUUCUGAUCCAGUACUUGAUCUGCAUAUGUCUUUGGAGGAACUAUACACCCAGAAUCUCCUGCAAAGACAGGAUGAGAAUCUACCUCCAGUAGACUUGAGCAUGGUGCCUGUUUCUGGCUUUACCAUAAAUGAUUAUAAUACAACUGCAAAUGCUCUUGAACAACAAUAUGAAUGUGAAAACACACUCACAUGGACUGAAUCUCAGUUACCAAGUGAAGUUAUAUCAAGUGCAGAACUUACCUCUCCUGUGCUACCUGAUCCCACUGGAAAGGGCUCUGAGUACUUGAUCGAACAGAGCUCUGUGGCCUCCGGUGCCGAGUGUGCCAUGCUCCAAAAUGUAUCCAAAGACUCUUUUGAGAGGACUAUUACUAUAGCAAAAGGCAAUUCUAGCCUAGGGAUGACAGUAAGUGCUAAUAAAGAUGGCUUGGGGAUGAUUGUUCGAAGCAUUAUUCAUGGUGGUGCCAUUAGUCGAGAUGGCCGGAUUGCGGUUGGAGACUGCAUCUUGUCCAUUAAUGAAGAAUCCACCAUCAGUUUAACCAAUGCCCAGGCACGAGCUAUGUUGAGGAGACAUUCACUCAUUGGGCCUGACAUAAAAAUUACUUAUGUGCCUGCAGAACAUUUGGAAGAGUUCAAAAUGAACUUGGAACAACAGUCUGGAGGAAUAAUGGCACUGGACAUUUUUUCUUCAUACACUGGCAGAGACAUUCCAGAGUUACCAGAGCGAGAAGAAGGAGAAGGCGAAGAAAGUGAACUUCAGAAUGCAGCAUACAGCAAUUGGAAUCAGCCCAGGCGGGUUGAACUUUGGAGAGAACCAAGCAAAUCCUUGGGCAUCAGCAUUGUUGGUGGACGAGGGAUGGGGAGUCGUCUAAGCAAUGGUGAAGUGAUGAGGGGCAUUUUCAUCAAACAUGUUCUUGAAGAUAGUCCAGCUGGCAAAAAUGGAACCUUGAAACCUGGAGAUAGAAUAGUAGAGGUGGAUGGAAUGGACCUCAGAGAUGCAAGCCAUGAGCAAGCUGUGGAAGCCAUUCGGAAAGCAGGCAACCCUGUAGUCUUUAUGGUACAGAGCAUUAUAAACAGACCAAGGAAAUCCCCUUUGCCUUCCUUGCCGCACAACCUUUACCCUAAGUACAACUUCAGCAGCACUAACCCAUUUGCUGACUCUCUACAGUUCAACGCUGACAAGGAAUUACAGAAUUCAAGUAGAAUUAUCUUCCACUGUUCCCCAACUAACCCUUUUGCUCCUAGUCCCUUUAAGGCACCCAGUCAGUUGGAGUCGGAGCCAGAGAAGGCUCCAUUGUGCAGUGUGCCCCCACCCCCUCCUUCAGCAUUUGCAGAAAUGGGCAGUGACCACGCACAGUCAUCUUCAAGCAGUAUCUCAGAAGAGGUGGACAAAGAGGAUGAGUUUGGAUACAGCUGGAAAAAUAUCAGAGAGCGUUAUGGAACCCUAACAGGAGAGCUACAUAUGAUUGAACUGGAGAAAGGUCGCAGCGGUUUGGGUCUAAGUCUUGCUGGGAACAGAGACCGAUCCAGAAUGAGUGUCUUCAUAGUGGGAAUUGAUCCAAAUGGAGCAGCGGGAAAAGAUGGUCGAUUGCAGAUUGCAGAUGAGCUUCUAGAGAUCAAUGGUCAAAUUUUAUAUGGAAGAAGUCAUCAGAAUGCUUCAUCAAUCAUUAAAUGUGCCCCUUCUAAAGUAAAAAUAAUUUUUAUCAGAAAUAAAGAUGCAGUGAGUCAGAUGGCUGUAUGUCCUGGAAAUACAGUAGAACCUUUGCCUUCUACCUCAGAGAAUCUUCAAAAUAAGGAAACAGAGCCAAGUAUUACUACUUCGGGUGCAGCUGUGGACCUCAGUUCAUUUAAAAAUGUGCAACAUCUGGAGCUUCCCAAGGAUCAAGGGGGUUUGGGCAUUGCUAUCAGUGAAGAAGAUACACUCAGUGGAGUCAUCAUAAAGAGUUUAACAGAGCAUGGUAUAGCAGCUAAGGAUGGACGGCUCAAAGUUGGAGAUCAGAUCUUGGCUAUCGAUGAUGAAAUUGUUGUUGGCUAUCCUGUUGAAAAGUUUAUUAGCCUUCUGAAGACAGCAAAGACGACAGUAAAACUCACCAUCCGUGCUGAGAAUCAAGAUUCCCAGCCUCUUCCUUCAGCAGCUGGCGCAGCCAAUGGAGAGAAGAAGAACAGCUCCCAGUCUCCAGUGGUCCCGCAGUCUGGCUCCCCAGAACCAGAAACCCUGCGAAGUACAAGCAGAUCGUCAACACCAGCGAUCUUUGCUUCUGAUCCUGCAACCUGCCCCAUCAUCCCUGGCUGCGAGACAACCAUUGAGAUUUCCAAAGGGCGAACGGGGCUGGGCCUGAGCAUUGUUGGGGGGUCAGACACACUGCUGGGUGCCAUCAUUAUCCAUGAAGUUUAUGAAGAAGGAGCAGCAUGUAAAGAUGGAAGACUCUGGGCUGGAGAUCAGAUUUUAGAGGUGAAUGGAAUUGACUUGAGAAAGGCCACACAUGAUGAAGCCAUAAAUGUCCUGAGACAGACGCCGCAAAGAGUGCGCCUGACACUCUACAGAGAUGAGGCCCCAUACAAAGAGGAGGAAGUGUGUGACACCCUCACUGUUGAGCUGCAGAAGAAGCCAGGAAAAGGCCUGGGAUUAAGUAUUGUCGGUAAAAGAAAUGAUACAGGAGUAUUUGUGUCAGACAUCGUCAAAGGAGGCAUUGCAGAUGCUGAUGGAAGACUUAUGCAGGGAGACCAGAUAUUAAUGGUGAAUGGAGAAGAUGUCCGUAAUGCCACCCAGGAAGCUGUUGCUGCUUUGCUAAAGUGUUCCCUAGGUACAGUAACCUUGGAAGUCGGAAGAAUUAAAGCCGGUCCAUUUCAUUCCGAGAGGAGGCCUUCUCAAAGCAGCCAGGUGAGUGAAGGUAGCCUAUCAUCUUUCACUUUUCCACUCUCUGGAUCCAGUACAUCUGAGUCACUGGAAAGUAGCUCAAAGAAGAAUGCACUGGCAUCUGAAAUACAAGGAUUAAGAACAGUCGAAAUAAAAAAGGGGCUUACCGACUCGUUGGGAAUCAGCAUUGCUGGAGGAGUGGGCAGCCCACUUGGUGAUGUUCCAAUAUUUAUUGCAAUGAUGCACCCAAAUGGAGUUGCAGCUCAGACCCAAAAACUCCGAGUUGGAGAUAGGAUUGUCACUAUCUGUGGCACAUCCACUGAGGGGAUGACCCACACUCAAGCAGUUAACCUACUGAAAAAUGCAUCUGGCUCCAUUGAAAUGCAGGUGGUUGCUGGAGGAGAUGUGAGUGUGGUCACAGGUCAUCAGCAAGAGCCUGCCAGUUCGAGUCUUUCUUUCACUGGGCUGACAUCAAGCAGUAUAUUUCAGGAUGAUUUAGGACCUCCUCAGUGUAAGUCUAUUACACUAGACCGAGGACCAGAUGGCUUAGGCUUCAGUAUAGUAGGAGGAUAUGGCAGCCCUCAUGGAGACUUACCCAUUUAUGUUAAAACAGUGUUUGCAAAGGGAGCAGCCUCAGAAGAUGGGCGUCUAAAAAGGGGCGAUCAGAUCAUUGCUGUCAAUGGGCAGAGUCUAGAAGGGGUAACCCACGAAGAAGCUGUUGCCAUCCUUAAGCGGACAAAAGGCACUGUCACUCUGAUGGUUCUCUCCUGAAUCAGCUGCCAGAAUUGAGCCAGCUCAACCCUUCUCUCACUGACUGCUGUAAAGUGAACAGAACUGGACUUGUGGAUAACCUUUCUUGCACUGUGUUCAUUGGUAGUCUUCAAAACCAUAGGGUGAAAAUAACAUUUAAGUUUGUUUUUCUCAUGUGAAAAUGAUUUUCUUACUGACAACCUAACAUCAUUUUUCCUUUCCUCUUGCAUUUUGUGAACUCAAACUCAAAGAGAAGGGAUAUUUGCAUAGGUAAAUCUGGUUUUUCUUUGUGAAGAUAUCUAACAUUUUGUAGUCACAUGGGCAAAAAUUAUUAUGUGCUAAGCUGGUUAGUAGAAAGAAAAGUAAUUAUAAAAUGUAUCAAAGAGAAAUGUCUUCAGUAAAUUAGGGUGAAAAAUGAAAAUAUAA